AUGCCUUCUGUUUUGCCUCCUUCCACAGUCCUUAUUACUGGUGCUUCCGGCUUCAGCGCUGCCUGGGUCGUCAACGCGCUUCUAAAAGAUGGCUAUCGAGUUCGUGGUACCGUGCGCUCCGAAGCAAAGGCACAGUAUCUCAAGGCCUUGUUCAAGCAAUAUCUUGAUCGAUUCGAAACUGCUAUAGUCCCAGAUAUUGCCAAGGCUCAUGCUUUUGAUGAUGUGUUGGACGGUGUAUCCGGCGUUGUUCAUAUUGCUGGUUCUGUCUCUUUGAUUGAGGGGAAUGGGAACGAAAUUAUGAGUUCCAAUGUCGAAGGCGUUGGACACUUGAUGGAUUCCAUGAAGACUCAUGGCCAAUCUGUCAAGCGCUUUGUCUACAUGUCUUCAGCGAAAGCCUUAUUGGGAAACCCUCAGCUCGACUACGUCUAUGGCGAGAAUGACUGGAACGACAAAGCGGUAGCCUUGGUGGAAGAGCAAGGCAGCAGGGCAGACGGUGAAAGCGCUUAUGCCGCUAGCAAGGUCCUCGCUGAGCGUGCCAUAAUCAAGUUCACCGAAGACGCCGAUGUUUCUUGGGACGCCACCCGAAUCGUACCGGCCUGGAUCUACGGGCCGAUCAUCCACGAUUGCAAAUCUGUCGACGACCUCAAUUUAUCCACGAAGGUCAUGUACCAGUACCUCACAUCCCCUCCGGAUAAAACUCUCUUGAAAGGGUAUUGUACAGACUACAUCGACGUCAGAGACGUUGCGCAGGCCUUCUUAGCCGCCCUCAAAACCGAGGCCGCUGGCGGUCGUCGAUUCAUACUCGAUGCCGGAGCGGUAACAUACCAGAACCUUUACGAUGCAGUGCACGCGAUAUCUCCGGAUAUGCCCCAAGUUCCCUACGGAGAUCCCAGCGCUGAGAAGUUCUCCUUCGAGGGCGCGUUUUGCGACUCGACCCCAGCCAAGGAGGUCUUGCAUCUGAAGGAUUUCAUAGGGAUCGGAGUCUGUGCUCGAGACACUUUGACGAGUUUGUACGAGAAGGGUUUACUCGGGGAGACCCAUAUGUGAUCACGUCAAGCUUGGACUAGG